AUGCGAGAAGUGAUCUCUAUCCACGUCGGCCAGGCUGGAGCCCAAAUCGGUAACUCCUGCUGGGAGCUUUACUGCCUCGAGCACGGAAUCAACCCCGACGGAACCUUGUCCGACACGCCCAACAAGUCCCAAUUCACUCACAAAGACGACGACAGCUACACCACCUUUUUCUCCUCCUCCGAUACCAAGCGCUUUGUCCCUCGAGCUGUCAUCGUCGAUUUGGAACCAACUGUCAUUGACACUAUCAAACAGUCGAAGCACAAGGACUUGUAUCACCCAGAACAGCUCAUCGCGGGGAAAGAAGAUGCUGCGAAUAAUUAUGCUAGAGGUCAUUACACGAUCGGAAAGGAAUUGAUUGACACUGUGUUGAACAGAGUCAGAAAAUUGACUGAAAAUUGCUCUGGUCUUCAGGGCUUUAUGGUUUUCCAUUCUUUCGGCGGCGGAACUGGUUCUGGAUUCACUUCCCUCCUGAUGGAGCGACUUUCCGUCGAUUAUGGCAAAAAAUCCAAGCUUGAGUUCGCUGUCUAUCCAGCUCCUCGCGUGGCGACUGCGGUGGUCGAGCCUUACAACUCGAUUCUGACAACGCACACGACCCUUGAGCAUUCCGAUUGUGCAUUUAUGGUGGAUAACGAGGCGAUUUACGACAUUUGCCGCAGCCACCUCGGUGUCGAACGCCCCAACUACGAAUCCCUCAAUCGCAUCAUCGCCCAAGUCGUCAGCUCGAUCACUGCCUCGUUGCGAUUCUCGGGCGCGCUCAACGUCGAUCUCAACGAAUUCCAAACGAACUUAGUGCCCUACCCAAGAAUUCACUUCCCGCUGGCGACUUACGCGCCUGUGGUUUCAAAAGAGAGGGCUGGACACGAAACUCAUUCUGUUCAGGAAAUCACAACUGCCUGCUUCGAAGCUUCGAACCAAAUGGUCAAGUGCGAUCCUAAGCAGGGCAAGUACAUGGCCUGCUGCUUGCUCUACCGAGGCGACGUCGUCCCCAAAGAUGUCAACGCUGCCAUCGCCAACAUCAAGAUGAAGCGAUCCAUCCAGUUCGUUGACUGGUGCCCAACUGGCUUCAAGGUCGGAAUCAACUACGAAGCGCCCACCGUCGUGCCCAACGCCGACCAAGCCGCUGUUCCAAGAGCUGUCUGUAUGCUCAGCAAUACUACCGCCAUCGCCGAGGCUUGGAACCGUCUCAACAGAAAAUUCGAUUUGAUGUAUGCCAAACGAGCCUUCAUCCACUGGUACGUCGGAGAAGGAAUGGAGGAAGGAGAAUUCGGAGAAGCCCGAGAAGAUCUCGCCGCUCUUGAGAAGGAUUACGAAGAAGUUGCUGCUGAUUAUGAGGAAGAUGUUCAGGACCCUGAUGAAUAUUAG